GUUGAUUUAGUUUCGUGUAGUGGCCAGCCUGCCUAUUGCGCUAUAAAACGUUCGGAGAGCCGGAAAUCAUCCUCGUUUUCUUCCUGUAUCUCUAGGAGUUAACGAAUCAUGGCGGACGCAGCUCCAGCCCGAGGAGGUUCCCGUGGAGGAUUUGGUGCCAGAGGUGGUGGCCGAGGCGGACCAAGAGGUCGUGGUCGCGGACGUGGUCGUGGCAGAGGUCGCGGCAAAGAAGCUGAAAAGGAAUGGAUCCCAGUCACUAAGCUUGGCCGUCUGGUCAGGGAUGGAAAAAUCCGCAACCUUGAGGACAUUUACCUUUUCUCCUUGCCUAUUAAGGAAUAUGACAUCAUUGACUUCUUUAUUGGAUCCUCCCUGAAGGAUGAAGUUCUCAAGAUCAUGCCAGUCCAGAAGCAAACUAGGGCUGGUCAGCGUACCAGGUUUAAGGCUUUUGUGGCUAUUGGAGACUCCAAUGGCCACAUCGGUCUUGGAGUGAAGUGUUCAAAGGAAGUCGCCACAGCCAUCCGAGGAGCCAUCAUCUUGGCCAAGCUGUCUGUAGUGCCUGUGCGACGAGGCUACUGGGGUAACAAGAUCGGAAAGCCGCACACCGUGCCCUGCAAGGUGACAGGGAAGUGUGGAUCAGUCCAGGUGAGGUUGAUCCCUGCCCCCCGUGGUACCGGCAUUGUCGGUGCUCCGGUGCCCAAGAAGUUGCUGCAGAUGGCUGGUAUUGAAGACUGCUACACCUCCGCUAGGGGCUCUACUGGUACACUCGGCAACUUUGCCAAGGCGACCUACGCUGCCAUUGCCAAGACUUACGCCUACCUCACUCCAGACUUGUGGAAGGACAUGCCUCUCACCAAGGCUCCGUACGCUGAGUUUGCUGAUUACUUGGCCAAGAACCAUCGUCCCACUCCUUCUGCAGCCCACGCAGUAGACCUGUGAAUCACUCAAUAAACCUCCCGUACAACAGA